AUGUCUUCAAAAGCCCAUCCUGAUUUAGACCUUCUUUCCCGGAAAAUCGUUUACAAAUCCCGAACAUUUGAUCCCUCAACGAGGCUUCCUCUAAUAAUUUUAAAUUCGGCCGCUUUUCCAAAAGAUCCAGAUAACUAUAUUUCAAGUUUGAUGGAAAAAAUUAUUUUGCAACUUCCUGAAACACCUUAUGGUCUUGUUUUUUUUGCAUGUGGUGCUCCAGAUAAACCUUCUUGGACAUGGAUAUCUAGAGUUUACGGGAUGCUAGACCGCCAAAUUAAAAAAAGAAUUGGCAAAGUAUACGUAGUGCAUGAAAGUUGGUGGCUGAAGGCAGUUACAGAAAUGUUUCGAGGAAUCGUUUCUAAGAAAUUUAAAAAUAAAAUACAGCAUGUUCCAAAUCUCACUGAAUUGGCCAAACUUAUAGACAUUACACAAAUUGACAUACCGCCUGAAAUUUACAAGUACAAUCUAAAAAAUGAAUCUACUAUCACAGUCCCUAAACAUCAUUCACCAAUAUUUGGAAUACCUUUAAAAAUGGAAGGAACCAAAGUUCUAUACCCGAAAAUGUGGAAAGAAUGUAUAGAAUAUCUUGAAAAUACUGCCCAUACCACUAGAAAUAUAUUUCAGGUGGAGGAAAAUGAGACUCUUUUGUUGAUUUUAAGAGACUGUUACGAUCGAGGACAGCUUUUUAGGUUGGAAGAUUAUGGUCCUCAUUUGGCUGCUUCAGUUAUAAAACUCUAUUUAAAAGAACUUCCAAACCCCCUUCUACCCAUCAAAUAUAUACCACUUCCAAUCAGGGAUACGGUAGAAUACAGCGUGCAAGUGUUUCAAUCCUUACCUGACAUAACUCAAAAGUUUUACAAAGACCUUUUACCAGUUUUGAUAACAGUAAUUGACAAUAGUGAAGUCACAUGCCAAUCACUCAAAACGCUAUCUUCAAAUAUUGCUCCAAGCUUUAUCGGCAGAUAUGCAUCCAACAAAGAACAUCUUUCCAUCGCUAUUAGGUUCACUAGAAACCUUAUAGAAUAUUGGUUUGAAAUAACAAGGCUAAUUGAUUUUGAUUCAGACAAUUAUUAUUCUUCUGAUGAUGAGCCAAUUGAACAUCAUCGUGAAAAUUAUAUUGCUUUAUUGAAACCAUCGAGUAGGAAAUCAAGUGGGACGCCCUCUGAAGAAAGUAUCAAACCUGGGCUAAGAAGAGUUAGCUCGAGUAUUAGCUACGCUUCCACAGCCAGCACAAAUUCAUCUCUCUAUCGUCAACAAAAAGAUAUCAUCAUUAGACCCCCAGAAAAAGAACUUGUCAUGCCACUUAAAUCACACAGCACACUAAGUUAUGUCUCCAAAAGUGAAGAAUCUCUCCCAGUAAAUAGUGAUUUAUCUUUUUCUUUUACCUUACCAUGCCCUCCUCCUCCGCCACCACCUCCACCACCACCUCCACUUCGAAAAGCCGCCUCGAUAGCUUUUCGAGGUGAUGAUGAUGCUCCUAAAACCCUUUCCAUGAGAAAAUCUAUGUCUAGUCUGAGAGAUCAUGCCACAUCUACCGUGACUACUAAUAGAUCGACGAAAAGAGGGAAAAUGGUUGCUGAACUUGCAAAACUUUACGAAGUAAAAGAAGAAAAUAGCAUACUGAGAGAAAUAAGUAACAACAAAGUAAAUAGUUAA